AGUACAGUACACCAUAAUUCACUUAAAAUACGCCGGCGAGCAAGGGUUAGUACGUGCAAUAAUAGUACGUCCCCAUGCAGCCUAUGCCCGGUCCCAUUGCAAAUUUCGCUCUCCGUGUUCCUCCUUAGUAUCCUUCCCUGUAUCCUACUAUACAUUACCAUACUCGAGGUCGUUACAGCUCGCUAUGCUGUGGGAAACACAUACUUGCGAUUAAAUGUCGAAGGCGCCGAAGUCGGCCGCUAUAGAUGCUGCCUGGAAGCUCUUUGAUAAGCUAGGCAAGAGCGGCUCAAAUAUCAGAGCAAAGUGCACAAUCUGUGAAUACACCUUCACCGGCACUGGAACUCGCGCCUUGAACCAUCUUCUAUCCCUCGGCAACGGUGCGCUCCCGUGCUUGAAAAUCUCUAAAGCUGUAAAGUCGGAGCUGUACAAGCUACAUGAGGAGGACGAGAAGAAGAAGAGCGUGAAGCGCAGGCGCGAGAGCGAUGCUGCGAGCAAACACGGAGGCGGACGUGGCCAUCGGUGACUUCUUCUAUCUCACCGGCGUCCCCUUCAACGUGCGGAAGCACCCCGCCUUCAUCAGGAUGCUGAAGGCGGUCGUCGCGGCGGGCCCGAAGUACGCUCCGCCUGGCUACAACAAGAUCCGGACCACUCUGCUGGACAAGGUGAAGAAGCACGUCAAGGAGAAGCUGCAGCCCUUCUUCGAGAAGAACAAGCGCAGCGGCUGCACCGUGACCAGCGAUGGCUGGUCCGACGCGCGCAACCGCCCCAUCCUCAACAUCAUGGUGUGUGCGCGUGGCGAGGCGGUGUUCUACAAGUCUGUGGACAUGUCAAGCGUGCUCAACAAGACCGGCGAGGAGAUUGCGCAGGUCAUCAUCGCCGCCAUCGAGGAGCUGGGCGCCGACGACAUCGUGGCAGUUAUCACGGACAGUGCCGCCAACUGCAAGGCGCCGACGCGGAACAGGCCCUACCCUUCCGAUUGAUUCAACCCCUCCUUGAACUCACCAGCGACUUCCGCGAGCUCCUCACUGUAGUGCCAAGUCUGGGGCUUACAACGUGGGACGUCUGAGUCCGUGGCACUCCUGGUACGUGCCGGCAGAGUCGCUGUCUGUCUGUCCGACUCUGGGGCGUUACAGCUGGCGUAACCGCCCGGGGCACAGCUCUGGCGCUGUGUGCAGCAAUCUGUGCUGUUAGUGAGGGUUCUGACUGUGUCCUCAACAUCGGGUUUCUGUAACUGUAUACGAGU